AUGGCUGCUGCCGAGGACAAGGUCACGCCGACCGACGGCGAGAUCCGCAUCCUCCUGGCCAUCUUUGCCCACAUGAAUGGCAAGCCCGACGUCGACUGGGACGCUGCCGCGGCCACUGCCUCACUUCGUAGCGCAAAAUCGCUCAAGGAGCGCUACCGCCAGAUGUGCGUGCGUCACGGCUGGACAAAGAAGCGCCGCCGCGGCCGCUACCCCGGUGGUGGCGGCGGCGUCGUUGGCGGCAUUGGCGGCGGAGCGGCGGGAAACGCUCCGUCGACGCCGAGUAAAAUGGCCAGCCCAUCCGAGGUCGUCAAGAGUACCGGUGGAGGUCAAAAGAGAAAGCAGCAUGACAGAGAAGGGGAGGAGUUGGAGGAAGAGGAGGAUGAUGAGGUGCAGCAGAAGCAGAAGCCGGCCGUGGCUGCUGCGGGACUGGAUGGAGAGUAUUGA